AUUAAGGGAUAGUCAUUUGGGGUAAGAAGCCAUUAAGAUCAAAGAGGUCACUUGAAGUUCCUAGAAAUGAUGAAGUUCACCAAAACAACAUCAGUAUUAGGCAAGCUAUAUAGAUUCUAUAUCAUCUGAUGUAGUACAAACUUACUAUAGGCAGUGAGGAGUUGACAAUCUAUAUUAUAGUUAUAUAGCUGUGAUGUACAAGCUUAUUGCAUGUGUUGUGAUUCUGUCUGCACUGUCACAAGAGUCAGUACAAGAUGGCAACUGUCCUGACUGUCCUGACUGUCCAGUCUGUGGAGCACCCACUGCUGAGGCUUCAAUUACAAGCACCUUUGCCGGCAGCAGUAAAACAGCAACAUCCUUGAGCAGCUGUAGCAGUCUACACAGACACACAGACAUGCAGACAGACACACAAACACGCUAUAUACCGACUACCUCAUUAGCGAUUCCAUUGUAAAUAACACUGUAAUGAAACUGAACAUUUUUGUAGCAUUUUGCUCUGACCUGCUUGAUGACACUAUCAAUGGUGGUUUGUGGGAGUACAAUACGGAUCAGUUAAAUAAUCGCACUCGAUCGAAUGGAACUGUUGCAAAGUACAUUUGUAACGUUGGUUUGAGCCCAUUAGGUGGCAUUCUGACAUGUGACACGGUCAAUGGACGGGGUAUAAUCCAGUGUGCUCAAUAAGCCUGGCAUCGACAAUCGCCAUCUACACUCCGGCUGCUCUUGUUCUAUUGAUGAUAAUGGUCAGUCCCUGUAUAUGUGCUUGUAUAUGUUAUGCAAGGAUGAGACGCUACAAAAAAAAGAGGUCAAGAGUAUCUACUAUUAGUCUCUGCCCCAGUGAGAAAUCGCUUCCUACGCCACUGGUAUGUGUUGUGUAUUUGAGUUAAUAAAUCUCUCUAUCUCUUAUAGAAUGAGGAAGCUAUCUGAUUGGAGCAAUCUUAUGGAUUAUCAAAUGCGAGAGAUUGUGAAGUAUGUUCCAGAAUCAAUGAGGAUUCUUCCCAGCUCCAAUCUAAAACUGCAAGAUGCAGUCGGUCACUUAAUAAAGAUUACUUCCAAGUCUAGCAGUUUAAUCACGUUGGUUUGUUUCCACUAUUCCAGGAGCCUUUGGGAUCGUGUACAAGGGACUAUUAAUGGACUGGAACAACAUUGCCAUGAGGGGUGUGGCUUUGAAGACGGUCUAUUCACUCAGAGUGACAUACAGAGCAUGGUGAGUGAGAUCACUAAGAUGCAAGAGUUCCACCACCCUCACGUCAUGCCCCUGAUUGGGGUGUGCCUCGAUGCUGGACCCGGUGUUUCCAUAGUGAUGCCGUAUAUGACCAAUGGGAGUCUACUAGACUACAUGAAGAAAGAGAGGUCUACCCUAGAGUUGGCAGAGGGAGAGGAUUCUGAGAAGGUGUUAGCUGUGAGGAAGCUGCUGUUGAAGAUGUGUCAUCAGAUUACUCUUGGAAUGGCUUAUCUUGCUCAGCACAAGUUCAUCCAUCGAGACCUGGCUGCCAGGAACUGCAUGUUGGAUUCUAACGGUGACCUCAAAGUUGGUGAUUUUGGUCUGGCCGAGGACACGUAUGCACAAGGAUACUUUAGACAGGGUGAAACUGAGGGAGUCAAACUGCCGUACAAAUGGUUAGCAAUUGAGAGUCUAAAUGAUGCUAUCUUCUGCGAGAAGACAGACGUGUGGUCGUAUGGUAUGACUGUGUUGGAAGUCUUCAGUAGUGGCCGGACCCCCUACCCUGGAGUGGACCCAAUGUCCCUAGUGACUCUACUCAGAGAGGGCAAGAGAUUGGAACCUCCCCAGAAUAUUGCCUGCACUACGGAAAUGAUCUCGCUGAUGACCAGCUGUUGGUACGAGGAUUCUGAAGAGAGGCCAUCCUUCGAUGAGCUAGCAGCGGAGUUGGAGAAAGUUCUGAGCACCAUGGUGGGCUACGUGGAACUGAAUAUGGAGCUAGUCUCCAUCACUGAGGACGAACACAAGUAUGAUCAGGUCCUCUCACUCGUAGAGCAGAAGAAACUUGCCGAGGCCGCUACUGAGGAGGUUGCUAUGGAAGAAAAUGCUGCAUACUGCAUGGUUAAGAGCCGAAGAACAAGUAACUACGGAGACCAAUCUCGCUGAUGGGCUGAAAAGUGAUAUACAGGAAAUUCAAGCCAAACAAGUUACUGGCUCAGCUCACCAUUUCAACAGUGACCCUCAACUGCCAGAGCAUGACCAUGAAGAUUACAGUGACUAUCAAGACACCACCGGAUAUGCUCAAGUACUGCACAGACGAUCUUCAUAGACUAUGAAAAACGUCUGUUUAAUAUAAUAAUUAUAGUGAAUUCAAUUAUUUACUGUAGGAUGCUCGCUAUUUUAUGUACUGUAAUGUGACUGUAAGCCUAACUUAUUAGCGAAAUGUUUGCAGAAGCAGCCGA